UACAGUCCUACUAAUAAUCUCAACGUUAAUAAACCCCAAAAAUAAUUAAAGUUGUUGAUCUGAUUGGUGUUGUUCGAGCUUCUACUCAUUCUUAAUCAUUGAACUGUUACUCACCCAGCAAUCAGUUCUUCCGCAUUCUGUAGCUCCAAUAUCCCUCGGAAGAAUCGAGAAUCUUCUCUCUCUCUCUCAUCGGACGGCGGCGGAGAAAAUGGAGAACACCGACGUGUUCUUGGGGCUCCACGAUUUCCUGGAGCGCAUGCGUCAACCCUCCGCCGCCGAUUUCGUCAAGUCCAUCAAGAGUUUUAUAGUGUCGUUUUCGAACAAUGCACCUGAUCCGGAAAGGGACAGCAAUGCCGUACAGGAGUUCCUGGCGAAGAUGGAAGCCGAUUUUAGGGCUCACCCGCUCUGGGCUGGUUGCUCCGAGGAGGAGCUUGACAGUGCUGGUGAAGGACUGGAGAAGUAUGUUAUGACAAAGUUAUUUACUCGUGUAUUUGCUUCACUUCCAGAUGAUGUAAAGCAUGAUGAAGAGUUAUCUGAGAAGAUGGCUUUGAUUCAACAAUUCAUUCGACCAGAAAAUUUGGAUAUCAAGCCAAAUUUUCAAAAUGAGACGUCGUGGCUGCUCGCACAGAAAGAGCUGCAGAAGAUCAAUAUGUACAAGGCACCGAGAGAUAAGCUUGUGUGUAUCCUUAAUUGCUGCAAGGUUAUUAGUAACUUGCUGCUUAAUGCUUCUAUUGCUUCAAACGAGAAUCCCCCUGGAGCUGACGAAUUUCUUCCUGUCCUAAUUUAUGUCACUAUAAAGGCAAAUCCUCCGCAGCUGCACUCAAAUUUGUUGUAUAUAGAGAGGUAUAGACGGCAGUCCCGAUUAGUUUCAGAAGCAGCCUACUUUUUCACCAACAUGCAGUCAGUCGAAUCCUUUAUCUCAAACAUCGAUGCAAAAGCCCUUUCAGUGGAUGAAGCAGAGUUUGAAAGGAACAUGGAAACCGCUCGAACGCUGCUCUCUGGGCUUUCAGAUUAUUCAAAUAGUCAGUCUAAUCAAACAGAUCAACGCAUACCCAGAUCAGAGUUUAAGGAACCCAAACAGCAAGCUUCGAAUGUUGGCAAAGAUUCUGCAUUGCGUCCGAAAUCAAGAGUGGAGACACCUUAUGCAAAGGAUCAGUCGUCGUUUUCAAAAAUACCAUCCCUCUCAGAUUUGGAGAAUAAGGGAGCAGGGCUGCUUUUAAAGGAGGACCAGGUAAGCAAAGCAUUUCAGGAGUAUCCGUACUUAUUUGCCAAUGUUGGUGACCUGACCAUCAAUGACGUCGAAGAUCUGCUUAAUAACUACAAACAGCUCGUUUUCAAAUACGUUAGUCUUUCAAAAGGGUUGGGCUGCGCUUCUCCAGCUCUUCCUUUAUUAAGUUCGCAAACUCUAGUCCAUCAGCAGACUGAAACCAUUAGCAAACAGGAAGAGAGAAAAGCAAUAGAUCCUACUAACGAGUCAAUGAUAGAUGCUGAUGGUGUAGAUGUUAGCUCAUAUUCACUUUUCGAGGUGGAAAGUUUAGAAUCCAAAUUGUCACAAGACGAGGCAGUAGCAGCACAGGGUGGUAAAUUUGAGGAAACUACGCAAUCAUAGGCUCCUUCAAACUCAUACUGCCAUUUCUCUAAGGAAAUGGAUCCUGCCGGAGCUGUUUCUUCCCCCGUCCAUCGAGGUUUUGGAUCAAUGCGAGCAAAAUUUCAGCUGUUUGAUCUCCAUAUCACACUAGUACACUGAAAACUUUUGAUAGAAAUGAGAAACAAAGAACUGGCUGGCUAGGUAAUACCUCGAAUAGUAUCUCUCUCAGCAAAACCGGCAUUCGAGGGUUGGAACGUGUGUUCUUUAGAAAUUUUCCCCAGCUACACGUAUCUUUUCUUCAUCAAGUGAUGGAAAGUGUGUUCUUUAGAAAUUUUCUUCCUCGUUUUACUGUCAUUUUGAGAAACUAAAAUCUUGUACCUUUUUAUUGUAGCAAUAAUCAUAAUAGAUUUUAUCUGCCAGAAAAUCGGACGGCCAAAGUAAUUUGUACUUUUUAUGAUUAAGAUUUAGUCUAAUGGGUUUUGACAAUGAAUUGGUGUAAACUUCAAAGAUGUAUGCGCGUUGGAUUUGCUUUCCCUUGAAAGGGUUUCAUUGAACAGUGU